CCUCCCCCCCGGUGCACCGACAGAGAGGCAGAGAGAGGCAGAGAGAGGCAAAAGGCGGAGGAGGAGCAACGGACCUCACAAUCAACGAGUCAACAGACGCGGGGUAUACAGCAGUCGGUCGGUCGGUAACCGGCAGAAGAAGCUCGCGGAGGAAGACUUCAGCUAACGGUAUUUCCCCCAUCUCAGCUGCAGAGCGUCGCAGCUGUCGCACCCACAAGUCACUCUGGUUAUAGGAGCGCUGUGGCUGCCCAGGUGGUGGUGACUCAAAGGACAAUUAGUAGGAUGGGGAUAGAAUAAAACCUGCUCAGCAUGAAGAUAUUUAAGCUGCCAAUACAAAAGAAAGAUACACAAACAUAAAACAUUGGCUAUUUUCUGUUGACCAGUAAAGAGCCGGCAAAGAGACGAACAGUAGAGAAAAGCGAGCACGGGUGGAGAGGAUAAUUGCAUUUCUGGCUGCCCCGUGGGAACAUGGGAUAUAUGACCUCAUCAUUCACCUGUGAGGCUCUCCAGUAAACAACUCCAGAUAGAAGAAUGACUGAAGCCAUUGUAGAAAGGGCGGAUGUCCUCUUAAAACCCUGUGAUGUGACAUCAUAUGACAUCAUCAAUGACUCCUCCCCUCCGCCAUGUCUGUCCCUCUGCAAUCAGAAGGAGGAUGAAGAGUGUCAACAUGACAGUAAGAAGCUGGAGCAGCAGAAAAUGUGCAACCAGGUGCACCCAAAGAAAAAAGUAAAGGCCAAAGGAAAGUUAGUGCGGAGUAUGGCUGUCUGUGAGGAGUCCUCACCUUUUGAAGAAACCAAGGCAUCUCCGGACGCAAGCAUCUCAUCAAGCUGCCAUGACGACGAGAGGACUUCCUGUAAGGAGGAAGAACAGGAGAAGAGCACCGAUCCAAAGAAACAUCCACUGUCCAAAGAGUCCAUUCUGGAGUACACCGACUCCACUGGCAUAGACCUGCACCAGUUUAUCGUCAACACUCUCAACAGCAACCCCAGAGACCGCAUGAUGCUGCUUAAACUGGAGCAGGACAUGAUUGACUUUAUCACGAGCAAUAGUCCCUUUAAAAAGUUCCCUCACAUGUCGUCCUACCACCGUAUGCUGGUCCAUCGGGUGGCGGCCUACUUUGGCAUGGAGCACAAUGUAGACCAGACAGGCAAGUCUGUCAUCAUCAACAGGACCAGCAGCACACGCAUACCGGAGCAGCGUUUUUUGGACGAGGUGCAUAAUGAGAAGGCAGAAGAUAUCCAUCAAUGGAAAAUUAUUUUGAAGAGGGACAACAGCUCAGAUGACCAGAUCAAGCUUCACCCUUUACGGGAGAGGCAAACCAAGUCAAUGGAGGAGAGAGAAGAGGAGUACCUAAGAGUACGUGACAGAAUCUUCAACAAAGAGCCACCGUGCACCCAGGAGAGUGCCCAUGCAGAAACCAGGGCUGUGGAGGAGUACAAUCCAUAUGCUGAGACCCAGAGGAGACGGCAGCUCUUCAGAGGGAGUCGUGACAGCUCAGGCUCAAGUUGGACAGGCAGCAGCAGGCAGAGCAGCACUGAGACUGACUGUCGCUACAGCAACGAUCCCCGACCUUGGAGCAGCACAGACUCUGAUUCCUCCUACCAAUGGACAAGUCCUGCUCCGAAACACCGCCAGCCUGCCAACCCCAGCUGGGACUCACAUGGUUCAGGCUCCGUCUCUCUCUACAGAAUACCCUCUACUUGUCCGCAUCCAGCUUCUCCAACAAUUGAUGAGCCUGCUGCCUAUAUCAUGGAGAAUGGGAUCCCGCCUGGAAGCAUACUAGUAAACCCACAAACUGGGCAUCCUUUCCUGAACCCUGACGGGUCCCCUGCUGUGUACAACCCUCCAGACAAUCAGCAGCCAAUCAGGAGUCAGACACAGCUGCAAAGUUCUCCACCACAGCAGCAGUACUCGUCUGUGUCUUACACGGCUCCACAGAUGUUGCCUGUCUCUCCCUCACAGCCAUACUCCACAAUUGAAGAUCUCUCCUCGCAGUUUGCUCAUGUGAGCUGUCAGUCAACAGGUGAAGCUCCGCCUAUCUACCCUCCCAGUUACAUCUAUGCAGCUCCUCCCCCUCCUCCUCCUCCUCUUCCCAACCCCACCAGCUACUGCCAACCCUCACCUCAGUUGCCUGUGUAUUACUAUGGCCAGUACCCUACCUCAGCUCAGCACCCAUGCAAACCUGUCUCCCCCAGCCAGCACAUCCACAGCCAAGCAGCACAACCGACAGCAGGCUACGCUCCUGUUGCGGGGGUGCAGCAGUCUUCACACACUCAGGCCCAGGCUGUGCUGGGGACCUACUCACCGAUGGCCUCUCAUCAGCGUAGCAUGGUUCAGGGAGGCGUUUCAGUGUCCUACCCACAAAGUAAAGUUGUUAGUGCGGUCGGUGGAGACGCAGGGUACUGUUGCAUGGUGCCCCCACCCUCCCACCACGGCAGCUGCCAUCCUUCCAGCUGCACCAACCUCAGUGGCCCGGCCUGGAACACACAGUACUGAUGGCGCCUCUACGAACGAUGAUACUUUUAGUUCUUGUGUGAUCUCGCACACACACACACACACACACACACACACACACACACACACACACACACACACACACACACACACACACACACACACACACACUCACACACACACACACGCUUUACACAAACACCUUUUUUUUUCACUCCCUCCUUACCUACACCCGCCUUCUUCCUGAUGAUACCCACAGGGUACGUCGUUCACACUCUUAACAAGCAUGUUCACACACACACACACACACACACACACACACACACACACACAUACAUACGCCAACGCACAUGAAAUAAAUGUCCUACUGUACCAAAGCUUAAUAGUAUAUAUCAGAGCUGCUGUAUUGAAUGCAUAAUUUAUAUACACAAAUGGAGUUUUAUAUUGAUAUUAAAUUAUAUAUUGUGUUUUAAGGAAAUGCACUGUGUGAAAAGAAUAAACUGCUGUGGCUAAAUUGAUGAUGUCACAUUUCUAUAUUAA